UGGCCAAAAUGUGGAAGUCAUAGCAUCAAGUGCUCCCGUCCAUUUGUGUGUGGAACUUCUUAAUAUUGUCGAGUACAUUGUAAGUGUAGGUGUGUAAGGCUUGGCUGUUUGAGGAUGACGGAAAGAGAGGAGAGGCGUUUCGCUGAAGUAUCCCGUGAAUCAGUCAAACUGAUGGCGGAGAGCUCAGGGGUUGAGCUCAGCGACGAUGUAGCUGCCCUUCUCGCCGAAGAUGUAUGUUACAGACUCAGGGAGGCCACACAAAGUAGCUCCCAGUUUAUGCGGCACGCCAAAAGACGGAAACUCACAGUGGAGGACUUCAACAGAGCUCUCCGAUGGAGCAAUGUAGACGCUGUAUGCGGCUAUGGAUCUCAAGAGCCUAUGCCUUUCCGCCCAGCCAAAGAGGGGGAGCUCUUUUUUGUUGAGGAUCGAGACGUCAACCUGGUGGAGUUGGCCCUUGCCACUAAUAUACCAAAGGGCUGUGCAGAGACCAUGGUGCGAGUGCAUGUGUCCUACCUGGAUGGAAAGGGCAACCUGGAACAUGGAAAGGAAGGGACAGUGCCCAGUGCUGUCCAGUCAUUGUCCGAAGACCUUCUGAAGUAUUACCACCAGAUCACUCGUGCUAUACUUGGUGAAGACCCACACCUUAUGAAGGUGGCGCUGCUGGAUCUGCAAUCCAACUCCAAGAUUGCUGCUCUUUUGCCAUACUUUGUGUAUGUCAUCAGUGGGGUGAAGUCGGUGAGCCAUGACCUGGAGCAGCUGAACCGGCUGCUCCACAUGGUGCGCAGCCUGGUGCAGAACCCUUACCUGUACCUGGGCUCGUACGUGCGCAGCCUGGUGUCCAGCGUCAUGUACUGCAUCCUGGAGCCCCUGGCUGCCUCCAUUAACCCGCUCAACGACCACUGGACCCUGCGCGACUAUGCUGCCCUGCUGCUCAGCCACAUAUUCUGGACCCACGGGGACCUGGUGAGCGGACUGUACCACCAGAUCCUGCUGUCUCUGCAGAAGGUUCUGUCUGACCCGGUGCGACCCCUCUGCUCCCAUUACGGGGCCGUAGUGGGCCUGCAUGCCCUGGGCUGGAAAGCUGUUGAGAGGGUGCUGUAUCCGCACCUGCCGGCCUACUGGGCCAACCUGCAAGCAGUCCUGGACGAUUACUCUGUCUCAAACGCACAAGUCAAGGCUGAUGGACACAAGGUCUAUGGAGCCAUCCUGGUGGCAGUAGAGCGCUUGCUGAAGAUGAAGGCGCUGAGCCUGUCCCAGCCUGCAGAGGGAGAGGCAGGGAGCCAGCAGGGCAUGAGUGGCGGGUUGCUGGGCUUCAGAGAGAGCUCACCGGGCCUCAGCCCUCCACCAGAGCCACUGGCCGAAGCCGGCCUGGGCAUCGCCAGCCAUCUGCAGGCGGGUGGCGCCGGCUGGCCGUGGGAGGACUGGACGCCUGUGCCCCUGCCAGCCAUGUACAGCGAGCUCUACUCGUUCUUCGGGGACAGCCUGGCCGUGCGGUUCAGCACAGGCCCGGAACUGGGGUCCGGCUCGUCGGCCAGUGCGGCUGCGAGCCAGAGCGGACCGGACGGGCGGAAGGAGCCUGGGGGUGGCGCCGGGGCCGGCGGGGGAGCAGGUGGCAGCGCAGGGAUGGACACGGCGCGGAAGAUGCCCCAGCUGACGGCCAAUCUCAGCAUCAGCCCACGGCAGGACGGAAGCCCUCGGACGGAGCCUGCACCACCCAGUCUGGCCGCAACUGCCCCAGGAAGGUGUCUUGCCCGAUCUUCGUCAUCCUCCUCUUCCUCAGUCCAGCGAUCCCGCUCGUCUUCCUCGCGCCCCGGUCAGCGCUCUGCAGGGCCGUCUCGCGACAUCUUCCCCAAAGCCCGCUUCCCCACGCCGCAGGCCGGAGCCCCCUCCUUCUCCUUUCUCAUUGGUGGACGCCAGAUGGGCCGCCGUUGCCAAGGCCGACGCUUCCAGACAAGCUUCAACCCCCCAGCGGGAAUGUCCACUCUGCCACCACGCGCCUACGCCCACAAACUGCCCGUCAUUGGCCGCGUCAGCAAACCCGUGCGCCGCUGGACAUAUUCCCACUACUCUCUGCACCUGCCUCUUUAAGGGCCACCUGGAAGAGGAGAAUUCUGGGUACCCAGAAGCCCUGGAAAGCUCCUGAUGGCAUGGGGCCAGUCAGAACUGGUAGAUGCAGACCUUGGCAGCAUUAGUGUUCCGGAUUCUGGGUUUUCUCAGUCACAGUUAGUCAGGCUGAUGCAUAAACUUCAUGCUGAACCCAGAUGGGUGGAGUUGUGCAUUAGGCGUUAGAACCUCCAUCCCGACCCUCACACUAAAGCAACACACAAAGCAUAAUGCUAUGUUCCUCCAUAGAGGAAUUUUGAUGCAAUACCGGAUAUAGUAACCCAGACAUCUGUUCUGCAAUGGACCAAAUCUCCAUAAUAGAGUGGAUGAAGUGCACAGGUUUGUAAAGGACCUGAGCAACUGGUGUCUUUGCACAUUUAGUUUUGCUAAUCCUGAAAUAAACAUUUAUACCAUAUUAUGUAUCAAUGCUGAUGUCCAGGAUAUAUUGUAGAAUAAAGUAUGAUCUAUGUCAA